CAGCCGUGGCUGAGAAUCUACGUGCAAGCUAUAAACACGCGUUUGUCUUAUUCUCGAGCAGUAUAUGUCAGUAGAUUGGUAUUCUACUAAAACAGCUAGAUGAGCUGGAUGAGUACUGCAGUCUCAGUAGCUGGUAUCGUCACUGUGGUAACUGCUCACGCUGUGUUGAAUAGGCUCGGCCGAGUCAGUGACCUUCCUGAUUGCGAGGUGCUUGACGCCUACGCACCCCCAACGCCAGUGAUGAUUGAGCACGAGAGCCAAGCGCAACAGCAAGAGAAACAACCGCACACACUAGACUCACAGUUGUCUCAGACGGCUACCGAGGAGGAGAUGAUGGAGAAGACCGACAAGGACGCCACACGGCGUGGCAGGAUUGCGCUAGAACUGCUCGCCACCGAAAAAACGUAUACAGAGGGUCUGCAUAUCCUGUUGGGCAUAUACAAGGCACGCAUCAUCCAAUCGGCUAAGGGCAAAAGCUACGCCGAUGCCGUCACAAAGGGCGUUAAUAUUGUGCUGGGAAAUGCGCACGAUAUGCUGGCUAUCAGCGAUCAAAUGCAGGUGCAAUUGGAGGCCAGGCUCAAACUCUGGGACACCCAGGCCCCAAAAGAGAGGAUGUUAGGUGACAUUGUAUUGUCGUUCAGUCCCUUCUUUAAGAUGUACACGCUUUACGCGCGCAAUUUCGAUGCUGCGUGUGAGCAUCUAGACACCAUGACUCGAGAGUACGUGUGCGUGCGAGACGCCCUAAAAGACCUGGAGUACACCCCUCAGGUCAAUGGCCUACCAAUGCGCUCGUUUAUGAUCACUCCCAUUCAGCGCGUGCCACGGUACAAACUGCUGUUCGAAGACUAUCUUAAACACACACCCGAGCAGUCGCCAGACAAUCCGCUCAUACAGCGCGCACUCACUAUCACCAGUGAAGUGGCCAUGGCUGUCAAUGAUGCGGUUAGGGAUAGACAGAACGUGGACCAGUUGUUGACAGCCCAAGCGAAGUUCAUCAACAGCAGCAAGCUCGACCUGAUUGUGCCUGGGCGCAAGUGGGUGUGGGAGGGACGGGUUAUGAAGAUGUCUCGCAAGGGUCUUCAGCAGAAGAGUGGGGUGGGCUAUGAAGUUGUCUCGGAAGGGUCAUCAGCAGAAGUAUGUAAUGUGCAGGCGUUUAACAUGGGCAUUGGGUUUGGAAGUAGUCUGUGUGCAGCUGUGUACUGA